AAUCAAACCAAAAAUUUCUUAUGACCUAAUAGAGCAGUCUUCGUACAUUUCUAGAGUGUUGACGCUCUUUGUCAGUAUAUAAAGUAAUCCGUAAAGAAAAGUGCAAGUUCUGAACGUAAAAUGCCGAAAUUAAAUUUUUGCAUUUUAAUUUUCAUUAUUUUUAUAUUUAACAUAUUUAAAUAUGCGGUACCGUACCCGAAUAAUUCAAAUGACAAUACGCGCAUAGUCGGCGGAACAAAAAUUGGUAUACAAGAAGCGCCGUACUUAGUUUCACUGCGUAGUAAGAAGAACUCCAAAACUCCAUUUGAACAUCGUUGCACUGCGGCAAUAUAUAAUCCUAGAAUUGUACUGACUACAGCUACUUGUGUCAUCGGACAAGCUAUAAAUCAGUUGCAGGUAGUGGCUGGAACAAAUUAUCGCACUCAACAAGACGGUUAUGUUUACCCAAUAGACAAAUAUUUGAUUCACCCAGAUUUCAAUAUUUGGUUAAUGGAUAACGAUUUGGCUAUUGUUCAUUUAUCAAUUGACUUAGAGAAAAAUAAGCCAAGAAUUAUUGCUGCCAUACCUCUAGCGAAUAUAUUACCUAUGAAUGGUUCUGCCAAAAUUGCUGGAUGGGCUUCUACAAACGGAGAUGUGAGAGAUAUGUCUGAAGAAUUACAAGCAGCAACUGUAGAAAUUUUAUCUGUGGAUGCCUGUAUGGAAGCUUAUGGUGAUCAACGUGUUAGUGAGGCAAUGAUAUGUGUUGGUAGCGAUCAUAGUAAUGGUUAUGCUGAUGCAUGUUUCGGAGAUGCUGGUAGUCCUUUGAGUAUAGAUGGUAAUAAAUUACUUGGUUUGGUAGCUUGGGGAAGUGGUUGCGCAAGUAAAAAUAGUCCUGGAGUUUAUACAAACAUAGUACAUUUCAAGGAUUGGAUUGAAAGCGAGUCAUUAAAAUUAUAAGAUCAAUAAAUAAACUUUUGUAUUAGUAGCUAAU